AUGUCGGAGACUAUCCUCUAUGACCUGCCCUCGCGAGGCGACAAACCAGCGUGCUGGUCCUUAAACCCAUGGAAGGCUCGUAUGGCCCUUAAUUACAAAGGCAUCCCCUACCGCACCGAAUGGACCGAAUAUCCCGACCUCGCCCCUACCUUCAAAGAGCUCGGCAUCGCUCCAAAUGAAGAGGGCAGCACCUUCGAGUACUCCUCCCCCGCCGUCAGACUCCCCGACGGCAGCUACGUAAUGGACUCCCGCAAAAUCGCCCUCGCCCUCGACAUCUACCAGCCCGAACCCACCCUGCACAUGGGCUACGCCGACGUCAUCGACCGCGCCCAGAACGCCGUGAGCGGGGUCCUGGGAACGCUGGCCCCUAUAGUACUGCCUAGGGUGCCGGUGAUGCUGUUGAACGACAAGUCUGCCAAAUAUUUCAACGAGACGCGGGAGGCAAGGUUCGGGAUUUCCUUGCCGGAACUCGGGGUGAGUGAUAAAGCGAAGGGGGCGUGGGAGGAGGCGAAGCCUAAAAUGGAGGAGCUGAGGCAGGUGUUGACGGAGAAGGAGGGCAAGUAUGUGCUUGGUGAUGAGGUUAGCUUUGCGGAUUUUGUGGUUGCGGGGUUUUGGGUGUUUAUGAAGAAGGUGGAUCAGGGCGGUGAUAAGGGUGGGGAUAUCUUUGGGAACGUCAUGGGGUUCGACGAUGCUUUCCCUAGGCAUAUGGAGGCUUGUUCGAAGUGGUUGGAGAGGGAGGACUAA